AUGGCGGAGGCGGCCGCGGGUGCGGUUGCGGUUGUUCCAGCCGGCCGCAGCGCGGCUGGGGCGGCGGCGGCGGUGUCCCCGCGGGGGGGAACCGGAGGCGGCGAGGUGGGGAGCAAGAGGCCGUCGUCCUUCCCCGUGGCGGCGCCGCGCGCGCACCCGCCGCCCAAGCGGAGGCUGGUCUCCGCCACGCGCCGUUUCCCGCCAGGGUGCGGGAGGGGCGGCGCCGACGGCGGUUCUCGGCUCGUGGCCGCACCUGCGCGCUCCAACGGCGGUUCUGCUGCGUCGCCUAAGCCACCGCCGCCGCCUCGCUCGGUAGCCGAGGCUGGUUCUGGUGUGCUGGCGAAGGCGUCUGCUGUAGUUGUUCCCCGACCGGUUGCGGACGGCGGUCGUCGCGGUCCAGAUGCUGGGGCACAGCGAUCGCCAAAGCGUCCCCGUCACAGUGGCGCGGCUGCUGCAGAUAGUUUGUUGGACACUGACCCGCAAGGUGGUGCAGGGAGGGGUGGUGAACUUGGGAGCAGCAAGCAGUUGGUGCCAGCCACUCGGUUGCUACCGGAACCGAGGAUGGUCUCUGCCAUCCGCAGCUUCCCGCGGACAGAGAGCAAGGAGUCCUCCACGGCUAGGGGCUCCUUUGGUCCCAAGAAGGAGGUGGUUGUAAAAGAUCCAGCUCAUCUUCGGCUGAAGGUUGCCUCUGCAUGCACAAUGGGCACCAUAAAUAAACUGAAUCAAGUGGUGGCUUCCAUGUUGGAAGAUGAUGGCUUCUUGAAGGCUAUAGAUGCUUAUGACAGAAAGCUUGAACUGAAGCUCAAUGUUUCAUCAGAUGCUCCUUCUGUGAGCUGUCAAGGGCGAUAUGGAACCCAGAAAGCGGAUGCCAGGCGUGAAGUCAAGAAGAUGUGCAUGAGGUUCCAGUUUAUAUGCAGGGCUAUAGUACAAUUUGUGGAACAGCGCUCGCUGAAGAUUAGUAGAAUUGACCUUGCAGCUGAUAAAGUGAUCAAGGAAUUGCCAGGAUUUACCCAACAUGAGCCUAUCAUUGGAAACGUUCCUGGAGUUGAAGUUGGUGAUGAAUUCCUGUACAGGGUUGAGCUGGUCCUUGUUGGUCUCCACCGACAGUACCAGGGAGGCAUUGACACCACCAGGGAUGAAAAUGGUGUGCUUUUUGCAAUUAGCAUUGUUGCUUCUGGAGGUUAUCCUGAUGAGCUAUCAAGCUCGGGUGAAUUAGUAUAUACUGGUUCCGGAGGAAAGUAUGCUGGUAAGAAGACUGAUGAGAAUCAACAGCUUAAGAGGGGUAACCUAGCCUUGAAGAACUGCAUCCAAACAGAGACUCCAGUCAGGGUGAUUCAUGGCUUUAAAGGUUUGAGUAGAGAAGAAGGCAGUCAUUCAAGAGCCAAAAAAGCUUCAGGUUUCACAUAUGAUGGUCUGUAUCAUGUUGUGGAUUGCUGGAGAGAAGGUCAGGCAGGUUCUAAGGUGUUUAAGUACAAGUUACAAAGGAUUCCUGGGCAACCAGAAUUGCCCCACUGCAGCAAAACUGCCCGCCGCAGCUAA